AUGACUACUACUACUACUACUACUACUACUACUACUACUACUACUACUACUACUACUACUACUACUACUACUACUACUACUACUACUACUACUACUACUACUACUACUACUACUACUACUACUACUACUACUACUACUACUACUACUACUACUACUACUACUACUACUACUACUACUACUACUACUACUACUACUGUGGUGUAUCCUACUCAUAUUGAUAGAUCUAAAUAG